AUGCAUAUUAAAAGGAUCAUUAUUCAGGGAUUCAAGACCUACAAGAAUACUACAGUGAUUGACUUGCUUUCGCCAAACCAUAAUGUCGUUGUGGGGAGGAAUGGAUCAGGUAAAUCGAACUUCUUCGCAGCCAUUCGGUUUGUGUUGUCAGACGCUUACACACACAUGACCAGAGAGGAGAGACAAGGUCUCAUCCACGAAGGGUCUGGAACUACUGUUAUGUCUGCAUAUGUAGAGAUCAUAUUUGACAACACUGAAAGAAGAUUUCCUGUUGCCAAGGACGAAGUGGCUAUCAGAAGAACCAUUGGGUUGAAGAAGGAUGACUACAGUUUGGACAGUAAAUCUGCCAGCAGGUCUGAUGUAAUGAAUUUAUUAGAAAGUGCCGGAUUUUCAAGAUCCAAUCCGUACUAUAUUGUUCCUCAGGGUAGGAUCACUGCGUUGACCAACUCGAAGGAUACUGAAAGAUUGUCACUUUUGAAAGAAGUAAGUGGGGCCAAGGUGUUUGAAACCAAGUUGAAAGACUCCUUAAAAGAGAUGAAUAAUUCCAAUAUGAAAAGAGAACGCAUAGAUGAAACUCUAAAGUCAAUCGAAGAGAGGUUGAGCGACUUACAAAUCGAAUCUAGUGACCUCAAGGAAUUCCAAACCUAUGAAAAAUCUAAGAAGGUGUACGAAUUCAACUUGUUUGAUAGGGAGCUUAAUGAGCUUAAUGCUCAAUUGGAAGAGAUAAAUGCAAACUAUGAGCAACUUUUACUUGAAUCUAAUACUGACUUGGAAGAUUUGAAUAAAAGAGAAAAACUUGGCAAGCAAUUGCUGGACUCAAUAAAUGAAAUGCAAAGGUCAUUGAAAUUGGCCCUCUUAGAUAGGGAACAAAGUGAAGGAGACUAUAAAGAAAUAUUAUCAGCCAAAACUGACUUGGAGAUCAAAUUGAAUGAAUUGAAGUUCCAACUAGACCAAACCAAGGAACAAAGUUCUAAAUAUGAUGUUAAUUUACAACAUUAUCAAGAGUUAAUCACGAAAAGGGAAGAAGAUAUUGCCAUAUAUAAGCCCGAAUUAGAAAAUCUAUUAUUGAAGGAGUCCCAGAUGAAACUGAAACUUCAUGAAUUACAGACCAGACAAAGAUCUUUGUAUUCUAAGCAAAAUAGGUUUUCUAAGUUUAAAUCCAAAAAUGAAAGGGAUAAGUGGUUGAAGGCUCAAGUUAAAGAGAGAAAAAAUGAAUUGAAGUUAAAACAAGAGACUAGUCAGGAUAUUCAAAAUCAAUUGACAGAGAAGAGUCAAGAGUUAGAAAGAAAAGACAAGCAAAUUUUAGAGUUAAACAAUUUUGUCAUAGGUGAUGAAUUUCAAAAUUCCGUUGAAGUAUUACAAACUUCGAUAAACAAAUUAAGAACUGAAAUAACUGAAAUAACCGAUCACAAGAAGAAAUUGUGGCGUGAUGAAAUACGUUUCCGUAGUAUUCAGGAUUCCCUUACUAAUGACUUAAACAACGCUAAUCAUUUAGUUAACCAGACAAUGGAUAGAAACCAAGCCUCAGGACUUGAAGCAGUCAAGAAAAUUUCUGAAAGACUUAAUUUACAAGAUUCAGUAUAUGGACCACUAGCAGAAUUGUUCACUGUAAACGACAAGUAUAAGACUGCAGUGGAGGUUGUUGCCGGUAAUUCACUAUUUCAUAUAGUGGUUGAUACCGAUAAGACUGCUUCAAUUAUUAUGGAUGAAUUAAUCAGAACUCAAAUGGGUAGAGUGACUUUGAUCCCUUUGAAUAGGAUAAAUCCCCCUUCAAUGGUAGAAGUCAGCGAUGACGAAAGUGGAUGCUUCCCAUUAAUCAAAAAAUUGAAGUAUAAGGAUGAGAAAAUUGCUCCUGCUUUAAGACAAGUUUUCAGGAAAACUUUAUUGGUAAUCGAUUUAGAGAAAGGUACAGAAUUAGCCAAAAGGUACAAUGUUAGCUGUAUAACGUUGGACGGAGAUAGAGCUGAUAACAGAGGUGUGUUGACUGGAGGUUAUAGAGAUUACAAGAAGUCAAGUUCAAGAAUUGACGCUCUUAAAACCUUAGCAAAAAAGAAGUUGGAGUUCGAAGAAAAUGAAAAAUUGUUAAACGAAUGCGUCCAAGAAAUAGAAAAGGUCAAUCCUCAAUUGAUUUCACUUAAUAACGAGCUUCAACAGAAGAUAAGUGAGCAGGAUGAUAAAAUUUCAUCGUUGGAACCUAUUAAAGCAGAAAUCUCCAAAUUGUCAGAUAUCAAAUUCAAUCUUAUGCAAGAAAUCGAUACCUUGAAUAACAGUUUGGCCUCUAUUCAAACUCAAGAAGAAGCGAUAAGAAUUAAUUUGCAACAGCAUGAACAGGAAUUAGUAAGUGAAUUUGUUCAAACUUUAAGUCCAACCGAACUAGAAGAACUUGCAAGCUUGAGUAGCGAAAUUAUUGGUGCUGAAACCGAACUAGACGAAGUAGUGACAGAGUUAGCGGAUUUAGAAGCCAAAGUAUCCACAUACCAAUCUGAGUUGGUUAAUAACUAUUAUCCAUAUGUGGCUAAGUUGAAGAGAGACCAUGAUAAUGGAGAUAUGAGUAAUAUCAUUAAAUUACAGUUCGAAAUUCAAACUUUGGAAAAUAAUCUUGCAAAUGUUCAAGUUGAACUUGAUGCUGCAGUGUCAAAUAAUAAGUCUACAUUGGAAACUUGUAAGAAAUUGGAGAAAGAAGUUGAAAUAAAUGAAGAAUUAUUGAAGAAAGCAAAGAAACAGCAACAACAAAUAGUGAAAAAGUUGGAAAAAUUCCAAGAAUCCAGUGAGAAAGAGCUUUCAAAGAAGUCGGUUUUAUUAGGCCGUAGAGAAGAAAUUCAAAGAAAAAUACGAGACCUUGGAGUGUUACCUGAAGAAGCUUUUCAGCAAGAGAAGUAUGACAAAUUCAAUUCGGAAGAACUUUUAAAGAAGCUUAACAAAGUAAAUGAAAAAUUGGUGAAGUACUCUCACAUAAACAGAAAGGCAAUGGAACAAUAUAACACGUUUACCAAGCAGAGAGAUGAUUUAGUUGAGAGAUUGGAAGAUUUGGAAAAGUCCAGGGAAUCCAUCGAAUCAUUAAUAGUUGACUUAGAAUCUCAGAAAGAUGAAGCUAUCACUAAAAGCUUCCAAGAAGUCGGAGAUAGCUUCACCAAGAUAUUUGAGAAGUUGGUGCCCGCAGGAACAGGUAGAUUGAUAAUGCAGAAGGCUCCUGCAAGUGAAAGUGAAAGUGGAACUGUAACAUCUACACAAACUCCAAAACCUCAGGAGAUAGAGAACUACACGGGGGUGUCCAUAUCAGUCUCAUUCAAUUCUAAGAGUGACGAGCAACAAAAGAUUGAGCAACUUUCAGGAGGGCAGAAAUCCUUAUGUGCCAUUGCUUUAAUCUUAGCUAUCCAAAAUUGCGAUCCUGCUCCAUUCUAUUUGUUUGAUGAAAUCGAUGCAAACUUAGAUACCCAGUAUAGAAUUGCCGUGGCUGCAAUGAUUCACUCAUUGUCUUCCAAGGCACAGUUUAUUUGUACCACAUUUAGACCUGAAAUGUUACAAGUUGCAGAUAAAUUUUACGGAGUCAUAUUUAAUAACAAGGUCAGUAGUGUAUCAGAAAUUAACCAAGAAGAAGCGAUGUCGUUUAUUGAAGGUCAAAGAGUGAACUAG